AUGGCCUCUAAUGACCCUACUGCCAACGGCAGCUCUGUUGACACUUUGAAAGGCAAUGCCAGAGCUGCCUACGACCAGCUCGCAAAUGGCCCUGUGGCCCAGAACGUCAAGGACCAGACCGCGAAGACAUCUGCCGAGUUUUCCAACCUAGCCAACGCCCGGCAAACACCUUCGCAGCCUGCUGCUACGGGUCAACCUUUGACCCAUUAUCAUUCGUUCUUCUCAGAGCUCUUGUCUUGGAACAACCCUCGAGCUUCUGCCAUCGCCUAUGCUUCUAUUGUCUCGGCCAUCUUCGUGGCUAGAUACCUCGACGUCAUCCGAUACACCUUCAAGCUCUCGUAUAUGGCCUUGGCCGUUACCAUCCUUGCUGAAGUCUCCGGAAAAGCCAUCCUCGGCAACGGUCUUACCACCCAGUUCCGACCCCGCAAGUACUAUACUAUUCCUCGGGAAACUCUUGAAACCUUAAUCGGUGACGCCCACGAGCUCCUUAACUUCUUCGUUAUCGAGUCUCAGCGAAUCCUAUUUGCCGAGAAUGUCACCGCUUCAGUCGUUGCUGCUAUCGGAGCUUUCCUUUCCUACUACUUGGUUAAGAUCGUCCCUUACUGGGGCCUUGCCCUGAUUUCCACCACGCUCCUGUUCUUCGUGCCUCUGAUCUACUCAACCAACCAGGAGCUUAUUGAUCACUACCUUAAGCAGGCCUCGGAGGUGAUCAACAGCCAAACCGAGCAGCUACGUGAGGUUGCCAGCAAGCACACUUCCCAGGCCACUGAGCUCACCAAACAAUACGUCGGUGACUAUACCGCCAAGGCCCAGCAAAUUCUCCACGGCCAGACCAAGCAUGCUGCUGCCGCACCUCAGACCAACCUGAAGGACUCGGACUUCCCUCAGGCACCCAAGGACGCCUUCCAGAAGAAGCAGGAGGAAUCUUCCGAGGAGGAGUCGGAGGACGAGAAGGAACCUCUGAUCUCUACUUAG